UCCAACCUCGCCUUUUCACUUUCUUUCAAGUCCGCUCUACAUUCUCCACCAUGGCAGACAUUUUAACGCAACUCCAAACUUGUCUCGACCAACUCGCAACCCAAUUUUACGCCACAGUAGGCUACCUCGUAACCUAUCACGAUAAUUCACCCGCGAUCCCACCCCAAAAUGAGCCCACUGCCGCGCCCGCCCUCGCCAAAAUCACCAAGAACUCGACCGCGCCGCCCGCCCCCGCCGGCGUGCCUGCUGCCUCCCAAGCAUCCCCACAACAACAAGCAGCCCAAAUUCCAGGCCAACAGCAGCAAGGAGGCGGUGAUGCAGGUCAGACUCCCGGAGCUGGAGGAGGAGGAGCUGGGGGGACGCCCGCCGAUCCGAAUCUACCGCCUGCGCCAGAUUCACCGCGGACGUUUGCGAGCCGGCAGCGCGAGUUGGCGAGGGAUCUGGUGAUUAAGGAGCAGCAGAUUGAGUAUCUGAUCUCGGUACUUCCCGGAAUUGACUCGUCGGAGGCGGAACAAGAGAGGAAGAUUAAGGAGUUGGAAAAGGAGCUGAGGAGUGCUGAGGAGGACAGGGAACAGAGAGUUCGGGAGUUGAGGAAGUUGCGAAAGAAGCUGGAGAAUGUCUUGGGAGCCGUUGAGGUGGGAAUUUAUGGAGAUCGCGGAGUCGUGGCAUCUAGGAGGUGAUUGUAUAGUUUUCCUACAGUGGAGCGUGUGUUUUAUUUGGUCUCCGUCCCGAUUUUAUAGAUAUGGAGUUGUCAUCCCAUAGAUGUUUAAUGUUACCUACGAAGCAUCGGAAUAACUAAUCGUGAACCACCCCAGAAACUGUUGAGUAUAGGUAGGUCUUGAGUAGUACCUGUUUUGUCUCUCAUCCACACUGCGGCCAUGAGGAUCAUGAUAAAAGCUUCAACCUUGAAACGCAUCCUCUGCUCAUAUCUUCCUCAAGCAUUUCAUCUGUGCCAUGAUUCGAC